CCCCGUGCCGAGCGCAGAUGAGCCGCCGCCUAUGAUUGGUGCGUUGCGUGCCGCCCGGCCAUUGGCUGUGAGUAGGCAGAUGGGCGGAGCCAGUCGCAGCAGGGAAGUGUUUUCGCAGGGCGAGUGUGUAUCGCUGCCAGCAUCCGGUCUGUUCUCCGUGCUCUCCCGUUACCUGGCGGCGGACCGAGCGCGGAUCACGGCUGGGAGGCAGCUUUGUCAUGGGACUGGGGGAGCAGUCUCUACAAGGAUGGGUGUCCUGGCUGCUGCUGUGCCUGCUCAGGAUGGCUGAAUACGGCGCCCAUGCUGAGCACUCGGAAAAUGUUCAUCUUUCAGGACUCCCACUGGCUUGUGGAGGGAUUCCUGAACAGAUCAGGCAACCUAGCGGUAUCAUCACCAGCCCGGGAUGGCCGAUAGAGUACCCGUCCAGAAUAAACUGCAGUUGGUACAUCCGUGCCAACCCUGGAGAAACCAUCACAAUCAGUUUCCAGGAGUUUGACCUCCAGGGAUCGGCCACCUGCAAUUUCGACUGGUUAUCUAUAGGUCCAACUCAGAAUUCCGAUGGGGCCAGGGCAUGCGGCUCUACCAUCCCAGCACCAUAUACCUCCUUACAAGACCACGUGUGGAUCAAGUUUCAUGCAGACGACCACAUUACAAGAAAAGGAUUUCACCUAUCUUACGCUUCAGGAAAGAAAAAAUGCGAACGGAACAAAUUUCGUUGCGACAACGGAAGAUGUAUCUCUGAAACCUUAAAGUGCAAUCACAUGGAUGACUGCGGUGAUGGAUCCGAUGAGAAACUCUGUGCCAAGCUGAGUCACACCACAGAGGCAGUCUUUCAGCCCUGCGCUAGUAGUCACUUCCAGUGCCUGUCGCGUUUCACUAAAGCCUACACCUGCCUGCCCAACUCUGUGAAAUGUGAUGGGAAUAUCGACUGCCUGGACCUGGGAGACGAGAUCGACUGUGAAUUACCUACGUGCGGUCAGUCGCUGAAGUACUUCUAUGGUGCGUUCAGCUCCCCCAACUAUCCCGACUUCUACCCCCCUGGCAGUAACUGCACGUGGCUCAUUGACACCGGAGAUCGCCGAAAAGUUAUCCUGCGUUUUACAGACUUCAAGCUGGAUGGAACCGGUUAUGGGGAUUACGUAAAAAUUUACGAUGGGUUGGAAGAAAACUCACGUAAACUUUUGCGAGUUUUAACUGCAUUUGAUUCUCACGCUCCCCUCACUGUAGUCUCCUCUUCAGGUCAGAUCCGGGUUCAUUUUUGUGCCGAUAAGGUGAAUGCAGCCAGAGGAUUUAAUGCCACCUACCAAGUGGACGGCUUUUGUCUUCCGUGGGAGAUUCCCUGCGGCGGAAACUGGGGCUGCUACACAGAGCAGCAGAGAUGUGAUGGCUACUGGCACUGCCCCAACGGAAGGGAUGAGCUGAACUGUUCCAUGUGCCAAAAAGACGAAUUUCCUUGCUCCAGAAAUGGGGUCUGUUAUCCGCGGUCAGACCGCUGCAAUUACCAGAAUCAUUGCCCCAAUGGGUCGGACGAAAAGAACUGCUUCUUCUGCCAGCCCGGAAACUUUCACUGCAAAAAUAACAGAUGCGUCUUCGAGAGUUGGGUGUGCGAUUCGCAAGACGACUGUGGGGAUGGGAGCGACGAGGAAAAUUGUCCUGUUAUUGUGCCCACGCGGGUGAUCACUGCGGCGGUGAUUGGCAGCCUUAUAUGUGGGCUUCUGCUGGUCAUUGCUUUGGGAUGUACCUGCAAACUCUACUCUCUCCGCAUGUUUGAGCGCAGGUCCUUCGAGACACAACUUUCACGAGUGGAAGCGGAUUUAUUGAGAAGGGAAGCCCCGCCGUCUUAUGGACAACUCAUUGCUCAGGGUCUAAUCCCUCCAGUAGAGGACUUUCCUGUGUGCUCUCCAAACCAGGCCUCUGUUUUGGAAAACUUGAGAAUUGCAGUGCGCUCUCAGCUGGGUUUCACAUCCAUUCGACUCCCAAUAGCAGGCAGGUCCAGCAACAUUUGGAAUAGGAUUUACAAUUUUGUACGGUCCCGUAACUCUGGUUCUCUGUCUUUGGUAUCUACCAGUGGAGAUGGUUCGACAAGCCAAGGAGCUAAUCGAGAAGGGGACCGUGGAAACACCCACAGAGGACUUUUCUCUGUGGAAUCUGAUGAAACAGAUGGGGAAAAUGACAGAAGAGAUGCUCAAGGGGCUGUUGGCGGUGUUGCUGCUCCUUUGCCUCAGAAAACUCCCCCUGCAUCUGCUGUGGAAGCUACAGUAAGUGGCAGCGGGAGCUCUACUACCCCAGCGUCUAACAGUAGACCAUCCGAUAAUGUCAGGGAGACCCCCGCUCCGGAAGCUCCUGCUAUAAGUCCAGCCCGCCAACAGCUCAGCAGCGCUCUUAGUAGAAUGACUCAAGGCUUGCGUUGGGUGCGAAUUACUCUUGGGAGGUCAAGCUCUGCUGGUCAGAACCAAAGCCCCUUGAGGCAACUUGACAGCAGCGGAGCUGGAAGAGAAGAAGACGACGAUGUGGAGAUGUUGAUUCCAGCCUUAGACUUUGACCUCAAUGACUGCACUAGACCAUUACUUGAUCUUGCCUCGGAUCAGGGGCAAGGACUUGCACAGCAGAGUGCAACAUCUCAAGGAGCAAGGCCCUGCGGUCGCGACGGUCCUUGUGAGUGUUGUGGCAUAGUCCACACCGCUCAGAUCCCAGACACCUGCCUGGAGGCGGUGCUGAAGAACGAAACUAGCGACGACGAAGCAUUGCUACUCUGCUAGACGCACCUUCGGCACUUGGGAUUCGUGUUUUGGAGCAAUAUCUAGUCACCGUUUUGUACUUCACAGAAACCAACAAAUGCUUGGAAUAUUCAGGAAGUAAAAAAAAAAAAAAAAAACUAAAAAAAUACAGGAACUAGUUCUGCAUCUUGGCACUUGUGGUUACUACCGUGAAUAUCUGUGUGCGGUGAUAUAUUGGUGGACGAUCCACGAGCUUUUACCGGUACGGAAUUAGUCUAGUUUACCCUGUGUAUUGGUUAGUUGUGUAUGUGGCUCUGUAAGCAGUGGAUACUUGCACCCAGACACAACUAGUAACGCAGGAGACUUUGCUUUUGGGUGUAUAGCGAUGACCCACUGGUACAAAAAUCACAAUGGCAGAAAUUGAACCUGGAUCCCGAUUAUACAACUUUUUUCUAAUUAUUUCAUUUAUUGAGUUUUUUUUUUUUUUUUUGUUCUUGUUUUUUUAUUUUAUUUUAUUUUUUUACUUUAAUGGAGUAUAAAUUAUAUUUUGUAUGGGUUGUUCCCAUCAAAUUUUCAACCCCCACUUUUUUUUCCCCCUUUUAAAAAAUGCAUCAAAUUAUUUCUUCUAUUCAUUGUAUAGUCUUAUCGUCGCCUAAGCACAGAUGCGCAACCACCGUGUUAUAAGUACGUAGUCUAUAAAUUCGCCAGGGAUGGGGAGCCACUACAUUGUUAAUAUUUACAGGCUCCAGCAUGUAUUUGUGGCUUUCUGUUUCCUUGUGAAUGACUAGAUUACAUGGUUGUGAAUACUGGCUUGGAUUACAGAUCCGCUUUUUUUUUUGGGGUUGGGGAGGGGGGGGCGGUUCAGGAGUGACCGGGUCCUACUUGGGAACUCUUUACUUGAAAUCACAUCGGCAGGCACUUAAAGCUUAUCUUGAUAUGGUACUUCCAAAAGUGUUGGAUUAGAAGUGUUGCACAAAAAUGGAAACCUUUUUCUUUACUCAAGGCGUAGUACCUCCUUUUGUCCAGCGCAGCACUGUUCUUAGCUGUAAAGAUGGUACAGUAUACUACAGAAAGUCCAGUGUAAGGAUAUACACAUUAAACAAAAUGGCGAAUAAAUUUUGUUUCUUGCUAUAGGAAAAAUACUCCUUUUAUAUUGUCCAUUGAAGUGAAACUUAAAGGGUAAAAAUGUACUUAAAAAAAUUGAAAGGGUUCCUGUUGUCUGCAAUUGGAGGUGGGAGUCCUAUUGGGAACUACAUAUUUUCUCCACUGUAUUUUCUCACUUAUCUAGUGGCGAUUUCUAAUAUUGCAUAUAAACGGUAAGAGGUUUGGCUGGAUCGUAGAGCAGUCACAUAUUUGUUCACAUGUUGCAUGCAACUUUGCCUGCAUUAACCUUAAAAAUUAAUGCCGGCAAAGUCACAUGUGACCUACAAACAAAAAUCCAUCAAAAUAAUAACAAUAAUUAUUUAUAUAGUGGCAGCAUACAGUGAUCCCUCAACUUACAAUUGCCUCAACAUACAAUAGUUUCAACAGACAAUGGUCUUUUCUGGACCAUUGUAACUUGAAACCAGACUCAACAUACAAUGCUACAGACAGUCCAGAUCUGCGAAACGUGUCAAUGGCUGGAAGACCUGACCAAGCAGAAUGGGCAUUUUACUUGUAAAACCCCUGUAUUACUGAAGUGUAUCUACUGACUGUGACUGGUAUAACACCAAAGAAAGAGAA